GGUCUCGCGCCCCGUCUAGUCGCAGGCAGAUUCCAGUCGAGGCUCCGGGCUGGGCGUCUCCAGGACAGAGUCCAACGGGUGUCCAAAACAUAAAAAGUCGUCCAAUUCGGCAUUUUUUCGCGAAUAAUCGUGUAUUUUGGACAAUAUGUAUAGUUCAAAAAAUUUAACAUAAUACAUUUUUGUUUGUAUUGGGUUUAUGUCUUUAAUAUAUCAAAAAAAUUAAAAUAUUGUGCUACAAAUUAAGGAUCAGAACACUUGUAGUAUGUCCGACAGCGAAGAAGAAAGCAGUGGCGCUACUAGUACGGGUCCGGAUUGGCCAGUCACUGAAGAAUGGCUUCAAGCAGUGCUCAAAGAACAUCACAAAGAUCUAUCGGAACCUUCAGCCAUUGUGGUACUAGAUUUCAGUGUAAAACCCGGCUGCGAGACUGGAGAAAGCGUACUGUCUGAUAUUCUAGCUGUUACUGUCAAGUACUGUCUAAGAGACGAUCCAGGUGGUACAGCACACAGUCUAAGCUUCAUUAUCAAACUGCUACCACAAGAUCCCUUCAGUAGGUACUUCGUAACGGAAGCCCAAUUUGACUUGAGGGAAAUAAAAUUUUACACUCAAGUUGUACCAGAUUUGGAACAGUUCAAAAACGAAGUACUAUCAGAAGACACCUCCCCGGACCUGGUACUACCCAUCCCUAAAUGUUACUACGCCCAUUACAGUCCAGGAGAAACAGAACCUGAACCUACACCACCAUCAUCCGUCCUAGUACUAGAAAACAUCAAACCCAAUGGCUUUGAAUCGGCUGAUUUCUCCAAAGGUUUAGACCUAAGACAAGCUAAAGCCGCUGUAGAGGCUAUUGCGCAAGUGCAUGCCCUGUCACUCACUCUUAAGAUCAACGAGGGUAAACCUUUAUCCGAAAAAUACCCUUUCUUAUUCCAAACGUCACGAGCCUCAGAUUCCUACCAGCAAUUGGUGGAAAGAGGUCUACCACAACUCUUUCAGUUUCUAGAAAGCAAAUCACAACUGAAAGACGUCCUCAACGCACUGAAUAACCUCAGACCUCACACCAAAAUCAUCAUAGAAAACCUCCUGGCAGCUGAGGAACCCAUGGCACUCAUAACCCACACUGAUUUUUGGUGUAACAACCUCAUGUUCAAAGAGGUUGAUGGUGAAUGCAAGUGCGCAGUACUGGACUGGCAAAUGGUGACUUACAGCAGACCCACCAAUGAUCUGUCGUUGUUGUUGGUCAGUUCAGUGUCAGCAGAAUUAAGGAGAGCUCAUACUGACGAGAUAUUGGACGUUUAUUGGGAGAAACUGACUGAUACUUGUCGUAUGCUCAAAGUUGACGUGGAAGAAAGGCUGGAGUACGAUAGAAAGAAGUUGGGAGAUGAUUUUAGAAAAGGACAGCUGUUGGCUUUGUUGCUGUGUAUAGGUUCCGUAGAUUUAGCUCUUGGUAACGCUCAAAUGGAAGAAAGGCUCAUAGAACUACUCAAAGAUCUCAACAAGGAAGGUCUUCUCAGCGUUGACGAGGCUGUAUCCGAAUCUGAAUGCUAAAAAACACCUUUUUGGAACUGUCAGUGAUAUAAAAAUGCUGUGAAUUUAGUGAAGGACGUUUUUUUGCAAUUUCUAGAGCGGAUUUCAAGACUUAGGGUUUUAAAAUUGAAUGAAUUUCUAAUCUGUUUCUUAAAGAAAAAUUAUUUUUUAACCGCCUGAAUCCGAUCCUGAGUAUUAGUGUCGCGCGCAGUUGCCAGUUCGUAGUAUUUUAAAUCGCUUCGAGCAUUAAGAAACCGCUUCAUUCCGACAACACCGCUUCUAAAAAAAUAUAUUUUAUAGUGUUCUGUGCCAAUGUUGCAUCGGCUAUUGUUCUCGCUACAUUCUCCACUGUUUUUUGGUUUUAUAUUAUAUAUUACAUAUUAUAGCAGUUAUAUACAAAUAAAAAUAUA